UGACGCAUUUGCCGCACUCGCACGUGCCUCGUCCCGAGCACUUGAGCGGACAACUCAAAUUGUCGCACUCGCAAUAUUUGCCGGUGAAACGUUCGGAGUUGUUCGGACCCAGUUUGCACUCGCACUUGCCGCAUUUGCACUUGCCCUGGCCCGAACACUCUUCGUUUUUGGCACCGUGCGGUUUGACGCAAAGACUCGGAUCUUCGCCUUUGCUCUCGUUGCGAUCGCACUGGCAGCGAUCGCCCAAGCGGCCCUCGCGGCACCGACAAGUGCCGCACUCUAGAUCGCCCUCGGAGUUGCACUCUUCGGCUAGCGGUAGCUUGUCGGCGGCACAGGAACACUCGCACGACACUUCCAGCUCGAUUACGAGACUGUCUUCCAGGCCUUCGGGCUUUAUUCUGAUUGUUCUCUUGUUGGAUUCGGCUGAAAGUACAAUGCCAAAUGUGCAGAUCUAAUACGGUCCACCUGAACCCUUACCGUUCUUGUGACACACCAAUGGUUCUAUUGUGGCUUUGAAGUCGAUAGUUUGGCCCAAUUCGACGUUGUAACAUCUACCAUCCAAAUAGUUGGGACAACUCGAAGUUAUGUUAACGUUCACAUCUUUUUGAGCGUCCGAGGUUAUUUUAACCGAAUCUCUUAUUUGCUAAAAAUGGUUCAUCUCAGUGGCGUAGAUAGCUAGGGGAUUGAUCCCCUCAUCUCUAUCUACGCCACUGUCUUUAACUUUUCUUGAUUGGUGGAUACUUACGUCGUAAAUAUCCGAAAUAAGAUUAACGACAUUGUCCGAAUCCACAUCCAGUGUGCCAGUUUUGGAGUUUUCUAUCGCUCCGGACAUGGCCUGAUAGUGGUUUUUCAAAUGAUCGCGGUCGGCUUUGGUUUUCAGCACGCUGGCAAAAAUCAGGUUGAUAUUAUUUUCGCGCGCCACGUAGUUUAUUUGCGACACCGAAGGGUAAUCGUAGACUAAAGCUGAAAAUAAACACCACCACUGAGAAGUUUCCGGACAAAAGGUAUCUGACAAAAUGCCGAAGAUACCCGAACGAUCAGUGGUAUCGGUAAUGAAUUUUGGCAUUUAUUAUUAAUAAAUAUUAUUUGGUUUUGACAAUUAAUCAAAAACUCUACAUAGGAUUAAAUUCAUACUAACAUGGAAAGGUGGAGGGAACAAUCAGACACAGGAAAAUACCAGUGGCGUACACUGGAUCAACCUACGAAUGGAGAACCAUACAUAAUUGUUCAAAAACUGUACAUAGGAUUAAAUUCAUACUAACAAGGGGUUGUCAGAAAUAGGGUUUUUAUACGUAUCCAGUUUAAAACAAAUAAUAUUGACUAACAAUGUGUAAUAAAAAAAUUCAUUACUGAUGCUACGAUAUCUUCGGCAUUUUGUCAAGAAACUUCACAGUGGUAAAAUAAACAGGCUUCUGGAAAACCAACUUUGCCCUAGCAUUCUUCUAUUACCGUGCUCGUCCGUGUAAGUGUCGUUAAUCAAAUGACAUCGGGCGUCGUUGGGUUCCACGACGCCGCCCAAUUUGCCGUCGCCCGCUAUGUGACUGACGGCGUCGGUCGACAUCACCAGCAAAUGUCGGGCAUUUUGCCGCCAUCCGAUUACCUCUUUGCAAACUAUCGCCUGCAUGAUGGCGUCCAGACCGCCUUCCGGCGUGUCCAGGUUGCCGGAAAUUUGCGUUUCUCGCACUCGGCGCGAGAAAAGGGCCGCGUCCGUCAUCAAGGACAGGUGGUUUUUGAAACUAUAGGGCGGUGCGCACCCUUUGCACGGACUGAGCAAACUAGAAAUUCAAAUUAGGUUCAAACGUUUCUACUAAAGAAGUGGGCCUUACGCGUUCGGGUGCGUGUUGACAUAGGGUAGAGCCCUUUUAUCCACAAAACUGCCGAAUCCGAUUCGGAAAUCGUUGGUUUUUCGCUUCAUUUCGUCUGCUAGUUUGCCUCCUAGUUCGGCCAAGCGAUUUUUAGAUUGCAGCAUCGAAAAUGACAAGUCCAUUAGGUAAUAGAGAUCUGCAAUAGCUUGUAACUAUGUGAUUUUCUUGCCAAUUGAAUUUUCUUACCCACUGGAUAAUUUUCACUCUGCCUGUAACGGAAAUCAAUUUCGAAUUUCUCAUUCCUCCUAAGCCUGAGUACAACUUUUUGAGGGUUGAUCUGCUCGGUUUCCGUUAAGGGGCGCUCGUUCACUAUCGAAAACGAGUACCGAGGGUUUUCGGAUUUUUUUACGUCGCACAAAAUCGAUUCGCUUUCCAGCAAACAGUGGGUACCAUUGGGCUAUAAGUACAUAUAUAGCAAUUUCAUCGAGCCAUGGAUUCAAUACUCACCGCUUUCGUGCACCAAAAGCAUCCCAAUUCUUGAAUGCACUCGUCGCAGUGAGCUUUUGAUUCGCAAUCCUGUGCCGCACAAAAUUUGAUCGAAAUCACAAACACCCACACAAAAAUAUUCAUUUUUUGAAACAUGUGACAACAAAAGACACGAAAGAAAUAAUAAAAUAUUCACUCUGCGUAUAAUAUGUAAACGGAAAUAGACAUUGUUGAUAAGGAGAACCGCAGUAUACACUUGUGUGAUUCAUUGUUUGGGAAUUAUUAUUACAAAUGAGGUUUCAAGGAAUCGAUUUAGCGAUAAUUACUGUGUUUUAAGAUAAUAUUUUUACACAGCAUAAGAUAUUUGCAAUAAAAACCAAAAGCGAAAUCUACAAUUAUAUGUAUUAAUGGUAACGUCGCCAUAAACUAGAUGUCGCUAGCCGGACGGUACCACCGGAGACUUUUAACAUUAAGAACAAAUGGGUACGUUCAACCUUGGCACCGCAUAAAGUAAAAGUUUUUGUGACCAAGAACCAACAGAAGUGAUACAGUAAUUCCCAACAGCGAAAGCAAUUUAUUCAAAAUGAUAAAAUGAAUAUUACAAUUUAGUAGUACCAUAAUGUCCAUCACUCGUCUAGUCCUGUUGUUCGUAUGUCAGCAAGCCCUAGGCGGCUACGUCCCGCCAGGCCCUUUGUACAGAUGCCCCGAGGAACCACUUCUACUGCACCCUUGCACUUGCGACCAGGAAACCGACCAAGGCCUGUGGAUCAGCUGCAACAACACCAACAUCGCCAGCAUGAGUUUGGCCCUCAACAACUUAGCCACCUUCGAAAUACCCAUCGAGAAUUUACUAGUCAAUUCCUGUCGUAUGGGUAGACUGUACGGCAGUCUUUUAUACAAAUUGAAAUUACGAGUAUUGAGAAUUGAACAGACUCCGUUGGAAACUAUAGACGAAUUUACGUUUUUGGGCGUGAAUCAGACUCUAAACGAACUCCACAUAAUUAAUUCUAGUCUAAAGGAGUUUCCUAGUGGAGCAUUUAAGAUUUUAGGCAAUCUGACGACGCUCAACAUCGACGGUCAUAGGAUAGAGGAGCUGCCGAAAAACGCAUUUUUCGAAAGCGAUUUGAAUGGAAAAUUACUAAAGUUGCAUCUGGUCAACGGACUAUUGAGUGAGCUGCCAAUUGAAGCCUUGCAAUCCUUAAGAAAGCUAAGGACCCUAGAUUUGCACGGGAACGCGCUUCAAAAUCUUAGAAAAAGCCAAUUUAAGGGUUUAAGAGACGUGGAAGUAUUAGAUUUGAGCCACAACAACAUUCCCAAAAUCGAUUCGAGCCAUUUAGGCGAUCUGACCAAGUUGGGCUGGUUGAACGUUUCGCACAAUGAACUCCAAGAGCUUACCAGGGGCUCGUUCGCACGUAAUACCGUAUUGAAAGUCCUCAACAUGUCCCAUAACCGGUUGAAAAAAUUAGACUCUAACUCGUUUAGGGGCAUGCGAUUUUUGCGCAGGCUCCACUUGUCCGACAACGCUAUUUCGGAUGUCGGGCGCGGAACUUUCGGUGCCUUGCAACGCAUCGGAACCAUCGACCUGGCACGAAACGCCAUCCGGAAAAUUGACUACCAAAUGUUCUACCAGUUAAACUAUAUUGAGGUCUUAGACGUCUCUGAGAACUCAGUGACCGAAAUCGAAAAAUUGGCCUUCAAAGACAUAUUUCUGUCCGCAAUCAAUCUAUCUAGGAACAAUAUAAGCAAAAUCGACAGCGGUGCUUUCGAAAAUUGCGCCAACAUCACCAAAUUAGACUUGUCCUUCAACCAGCUACGAGAUUUACCCAAAAAGGCCUUCGACGAAAACACCUACGCGACUGAAUUGCAAUUUUCCUACAACUUCUUCACCAGCUUGGAUCAGAUUCCCCUUCACAAUAUGACCGGGCUGAAAAUCCUAAACGUAUCGCACAAUCGAAUCGAGUCUAUACCCAAAAAGACGUUUCCCAAAUUGUACGAGCUGCACACCAUCGAUUUGUCUUACAACAAUUUAACAGAUAUCUACAAUUCAGUGCUACAAACUCUAUUUUCCCUGCGAACUCUGGAUUUGAGCCACAACUCCAUGCAAACGCUCAAGCCGAGCACUUUCGGACCUCUAACGACUCUACUGGCUUUGGAUUUAAGCCACAAUCGCCUGGACAACAUUGCUAAAAGCGCGUUCACAAGGCUGCAGAGCACCAGAGAACUAAAUUUGAGCCACAACAAACUCAAUUCCUUGUUUAUUCUACCGAUAUCCGCGUCUAACCUGGAUCUGUCGCACAACGAGUUCGAAACUUUACCAGCAAAACUGUGGCCCUCAAUGAACUCGUUGCUUAGCUUGGAUCUGAGUUUUAAUCGUUUGGGCGACAGCCUGGAUCAGGGGAGCUUCAAGAACUUGCUAACUUUACAACGGUUGAAUUUGAGCUACAACGGCAUGACACGGCCACCCUGGGCAGCCAUAAGCGACCUCAGUACUUUGCAGUACUUGUACGUCCAGGUAAAUCUUUAUAAGAUAAAACCAGCUAAGAAGAAGUCACCGCGUGAUCUUUUGUCUCAAUUCAAUUCAAAUGGAAAGACCCUAGAGAAAAGGAAAUUUGCCUUCUUCGGUAACAACUUGACAAAAUUGGAUCGCAACGCCUUCGGAAAAAUGCCAGUCAUGUUCGAACUGGAUCUGUCCAGCAACAACAUCAGAAACAUCAGUGCAAGAGCUUUUGAAGGCCUACUACAACUCAUCCGUUUGAAGCUGGACCGCAACAACCUCACCACCGUACCAAACGGAGCUUUCCAAGGAAUGGUGGCUCUAACCGAUCUGGAUAUUUCCCGCAACAAAUUAACAAAGCUGGACAACAAAACCAACGGUCCGUUCGAAGAAUGCCUGUCGCUAGAAAGGCUGAACCUGAGCCACAACAAAAUCGCCUUUGUAACAAGAAAAAUGUUUCCCAGCAACCCUUGGGUGCCCUACAAGCUGCAAAGCAUCGACCUGUCCUACAACUCCAUACCAGUGCUGACGUACGAUUUGACUUUCGGAACGCAAAAGUUGGAAUAUUUAAAUAUCAGCCAUAACGCUGUUGCAGAUAUUAGAAAAUUCGUGAUAGGUAACCUGACGCGGCUCAAAUCGCUGGACUUGUCGCACAACGCCCUGCACGACCUGACCAGCGAUCCGGAAAUUUUCCGGCUACCGGAAAACGUGUCGAGACUUGUUUUGGCCAGCAACGAACUCCAGGAUUUACCGUGGGGCCUACUAAAAAAUGCCUCCAGCUUGGAAUUGCUGGACUUAAAAGAAAAUCGCCUGGUAAACGUAUCUACUGAAAUGAUUGUCAAAGGAACCAAAAUCGAGUACCGAGGCAAUCCAAUUCAUUGUGACUGUUUCCUAAGACCCCUUCUCCGUUAUUUGAUUGGUCAAUUGAAUGUAGAUCCUAUUUACAGGGAAAUCGUUUGCUCUAGCCCGCCAUAUUUGAAAGGACAAAGGCUGCACGAGCUGUCCGAGGAAAAGCUCAAUUGUCCCUCCAAUAUUAAUACGACAAAAAUCCUGGAUAAUUUGGACAAGGAGAAGUUUGAUGUUUUGCCCGAUUUGAAAUUUAGGGCGCUGUCAUUUAAAAAGUCUGUUUUAAAGUUAAAAUGGCGCGUGAUGAAGCCGGAUGAUAUCGCAGAUACCUCGGUGUUCGUGAGACAAGUGCAAAAUCCUGCCAACGUCGUAUUUCAAGUCACUCUGCCCUACUACAAACGACAGCUCGAAAUUGACAUUAAAGAGAAGCUGGCAAUGAAGGAGUUGCACGACUAUCAAAUAUGUAUUUUGGCCAAAACCAGCCGAAGCGGAUUCAGAAAGUUUUAUCCGGAACAGUGCAGAGAUUUGGACGGCUCUAUAUCGGCGGCCAGAGCUUACUUGACCAGUCCAGAAGUCCGGUGCACGAAAAACCGGAUGCGCAUCGAAAUUCCUUUGGAACCAGACACGAAACGCAUUUACGUGCAAGGCUUGCGCGACUAUCCGGAUCCGGCAUGUAGACCCCACACCGACUCCACUGGCCGGAUGGCCGUACUAGAACUGGAUUUGGACGAUGUGUACCGGUGCGCCGUCACUAGGGUGGUCAACAAGCAAACUGGCAAGAAAAUCUACUAUCAAACUCUUGUAGUGGAGAGUGCAACGAGGGAAACUUUACACGUCAAGUGCUCAAUUGCAAAAGAGCAUCUAAUUAGUAGACGUCAAGUGUUUCCUGCCGGUUUCGAGGAACCAAUAGAUCUGGAAACGACUACAAGUCUGAUUGGUAUGGCACCUCAACCCAACAUUACAGUGGGAGUACGACAAUCUGGCAAACUGGUCACCGGCGAGUUAAACGUGUCUCCUGGCACGCCGCUGCAAAUGGAAAUCAGCUUGGAUCCCGCUUCCACUCCGAUUUACGGACUACUGGUCACCCAUAUGCAAGUUUCUGAUACCAAGUCGCAAGAAGAGACUAUCAUUUAUAACGGUUGUUCGGCUGAUCCGUACCUGUUCGAAAACUUCAAUACGAUCGACGGAGAUAAUUUGGUGGCGAAAUUUAGGGCUUUCAAAUUUCCAGAGUCAACGUACGUGCAAUUCAAGGGCACCGUAAACGUGUGCCUGGAUAGAUGUAAAGGGGUCGAGUGCAGCGACGGAUCAGUUGGAUACGGACGCAGAAAACGAGCCAUUUCCAGCGUACCGGCGGAUCCGAACAAGAUUUUCGAAAUCACCAUUACGUCCUUCAUCAAGGUAAACUACGACGACGAUGCCGAAAACUUUGAGGAAAUCAUCAAAAACCAAACGAAAAUGUACAACAACAAAAAACUAAUUGUCGGCAAUCAAAUGACCGACGACGUCAGGAUAUACAGGGAUGACAAUGGAGAACAUCGUCUCAUUAAAGAGCUAAAAGAAGAACAAAAAUACACUUCGAUAGUUGCGGAAAAUGCCUCGUCACCCCUACAGCUGUACAGUCCAGUUUGCCUCGUUGCUGCGUUGAUAUUAAUGAAAAAUCACUUUUUAUAAAUACAUGGUCAAUCAUAACCAGAAAUUGCUUAUAUGCCACUAAAAUUUUUGUACAUUUUUAAUUUAUUUGUGUGUGUAAAUACGUCUGUGAUAAUUUAAACUGUAUUUGCUGGGGCGUUCCUGGCAACGAAUAAUUGGAACCCCUUGUAUAUAAUAAUUUUCCCUUUUUGUAAUCACGUUAUAAAUUAAAAUUGCUUCUUUAAUAAGUCCUAAUCAAUACUGCCAGUGUAUUUUAAUAAAUAAUGUAAUAAUAAACUAUUUUAGAUUUA